AUGCUUGUCGGAGUUGUUCAUCUCGGAAUCUCAAAUGUAGUAGCAGUUGAUCCUGCACCAGAAGUCGAAGAAGCCGGAGUACACGUUUUCGAGCUCUAUAUGCACGAUAUUCUUGGCGGCAGCAACCCCACCGCGAGGCCAGUCACCGGACUGUUAGGUAACAUAUAUAGCGGUCAAGUCCCCUUCGCUAGACGUAUAGGUUUCCGAGCACCAUCGGGUGGUGUCGUCAUUCCUAACGCCAAUGGAGCCAUCCCAACUGUAAACGCCAACGGUAUCCCACUCGGAACCGGCUUAGUCGGUACACAAUUUGCUGGAAAUCUGAACCAGAACAACGGUCAAAGCCAGAUCGCAGCCCAACUGGGACCGGACGGGCUCGGUCUCGGGUUCGGGACGAUCACGGUGAUCGACGACCUCUUGACGGCGGAUGUCAAGUUGGGUUCACAGACACUAGGGAAAGCACAAGGUGUGUACGUCUCGAGCUCUGCCGAUGGAAGUCGGCAGAUGAUGACGUUCACCGCCAUGAUGGAAGGCGGGGAGUAUGGCGAUAGCAUCAACUUCUUUGGCGUGUACAAGAUCGGAACCACCAUGUCCCGCCUGUCGGUGACUGGCGGCACCGGGAAGUUCCUGCACGCUUGCGGGUUCGCGGAGAUUCGAUCGCUCAUACCUGCCGGUCAAAUCGUUGCAGAUGGGGUCGAAUCUUUGCUGAGGCUAACAGUCCAUCUUUCGUACUAAAGUUUUGUGUUUUGUGUGCUCGUGUUUGUUUGAACGAAAAACAUCAUAAUCUCAUUUGUAAUCGUCAUUUCAUCAACCUCACCAUGAUUUAGCGAAUGAUGAAUUGUGUACUCGAAUUACAAAGCAAGUUAUACAAUAUGAUAUAAUAUCAUCUUUUCCAAGUAAUAAAGUGGUAUAAAAUACUA